UUAUUGCAGUGGACCAGAGCCAGCUGUUUUUGAGCAGAACAGCUGAGGUUUUAUUUUUCACUCAUCGCACUCUUUCAUUUCCAUUUAACCUCCAGCUUUUUUUAUUCCCCCACUCCUUCUCCAGCGUCUUCAUCCAUUUCUCUUAUAGUGUGUGUGCGAGUGUGUGUGUUUUUGUGUGUGUGUGCGCGUGUGUGCGUGUGUGUGCACCGAGCAUGGUGGUGUCAACAUCACAACAAGUCGCCCUGGCUUUCACUGCCGUGCUUUUCACGUUUGUUGUCCUGCCCAGGAUGUUCGGGGUUGGCGGAGGAUCCGGGACCAAAGAGACCCGGUUCGACCCCCGGCUCUCCAGAAAAGCUGGUCCGGGUCCAGGUGCAGUGAGAGAUCAGCCGAUGAACCUGAACGCACCGGGUUCCCCUCAGAGCCCGGAGAACAUGCAGCAGAUGAAGAAGCUGAUGGAGCAAGAGAUGAAGAGCGACAACAAGUUCAAAUCCAACAGCAACAAGGGCUACGUGUUCACGCUGAUGCCUCUCUACGCCAUCGGGCUCGGAGUGUUUGCAGCCUAUAAAUUCUUAAAGAUAAAGUCUGCAGAUGACAAGGAACAACAAAAGGAGAAAGUUGUGAAAGGAGCAAAGAAAUCAGUGGAAGCAGAGAACCAGCUGAAUGAGCUGGAACAAAGGCUGACGCAGACGGAGAGGAUGCUGAACUCCAUCCUCACUCAGCUGGACCCGCUCACUAACUGUGUGAAGUCCGUGGCCCUGGAUCAAAAGAACGAGAUCAUGUCUCAGCUGCAGACCAUCCGCGUCCUGAUGAAGAAGAGAGGCAUGGACUGCCCCCCAAUCAACAUCAACGAGUCGUCCUGCGAGCGAAAUCUAGACGACAUCAUCGAGUCGCUCAGAGCCAAAGACUCUGCAGCGGAAAGUUCUCCAGAAACGCCUGAAGCUUCGGAGCAGAUCCGUCCGAGGGGUUUGGAAGACGAUGCUGCAGCAGAAGGUGAAGAGAUGAAGGAGCUGAAACCUGAGGAGUCAGACGGGGAAGUGGCCGAGAAAGAAGAAGGAGAGGAGGAAGAGGAAGAGGAAGAGGAGGAAGGUUUGGAGGACUCUGAGCUCAUGCCUUCUUUAGAGGACUCCUCUGAGACAAACAUUGAGGACGUUGGAUCAGAGCAGCUUGUUUCUGGCCUCAGGCGUCGAAACAAGCCCGACUGAACUCACUGUGGAGGAAUGAGACGGAUUAUUAUCAAAACCUGAAUGUCUUUCUUUCCCAAAUAGUCUUCUUGCCUGCAGUGUGAAUGCAGAAAUGUUAAGUACCCCAAAGCUUUAUGUUAGAAAUGUAUGGUACGGGUCCCCAGCAAUUUGCCUAGUUGGCAUAAGUUGCAUUCAUGAGAAUAUGCAGACAAUAUUUCAAAAGUGGCUUGGCUGAUUUGGACAAUUUUGGUCUGGUUUUUCAGAUGUUGAAUCAAUGUUUGACCUUUUUAUGAUCAGAAAUGGGAGUUUUGAGUCUCCUAAAACUUUCAAAUCGACCCAAAAUUCAUUAAGAAAACACAUAUGUCCACUUUCUGGUUAAAACUGCCCUUUUUGGUCCUGACCAUGUUAGAAAUUGAUUAAAUAACCUCCAAAACCACAACAAGAUCAUCCAAAUCUGCCAGCCCAUUUUAUAACUAUUGUCUGCAUAUGCUAACUAACGCAACUUAGGCUAAUUGUAUACACAUGUCCAACAUAUGCAAGUUAGCAUCCGGCAGUUUCUAUGUGCUGGGGACCCGUACUCUACAUGUCUAUCAUACAACUUUGGGGUAUUCAACAUUUCAGUGUUUACAACAGGACUCUAUGAGAUGGUAAACUAAAAGGCUGUCUACAUAUUAACAAUAAUCAUAUAUUGCAUUCAUAGGAAACUCUAACACAUGAUGCUCUAUUUUCCUGUUGCACUCACAGGGACCAGCACAAACACAUGUGCACCAGGUCAACGAGUCAAUAUGAUACUACUCUUCCUAUAGAUCAGGGGAGUCAAACUCAAUUUCAUCGCGGGCCACAUUCGUAUAAAGGUUGCACUCAAAGGGCCGGUUGUAACUAUAUUAAUAUAUAGAUACAAUAAUGUAUUAUAUGACAUUAUUGCCUCUGAAUUGGAUUAUUAUCGGAUAGGAUAAUAACUUAGUAAUUAACUACGUCUGAAAGCAGAAGUCCAGGGCAAAUAAUUGCAAGUCUCUUCAGUGAGCACAAAAACGAGAUGCAUUGUGGGACAUGUAGUUUAUGGGCAACGUGCUACUGUAAAGUGGCAUGUACCCGUAUAAUAAACGUAUUAUAUUCUUUGCAAGCUCUUGCGGGGCCACAUAAAAUGAAGUCGCGGGCCGGUUUUGGCCCCCGGGCCUUGAGUUUGACACCCCUGCUAUAGAUGCAAAAAAGGGUUACAUGACAUAUUAAUCCUCUCUGUUUCUGUCAGACUACUCGUUUCAUACCUUUGUAACAUCUGUGAGAGGAAUCUGCAGCGUGAAGUUACUCUUCCUACAUUUAUUCAGAUUUUACCUACAAUUUACUCCAUUUUCAUAAUAACUUGGUGCUUACCAAUGAUAAUGUUGUUGUAAAUAGCAGUGUGCAUGAAUACUGUUUAAACUCAGACCCUCUUCCACCCUCACGGGAAGAAAAAAAAAAAUCAAUCCUCUUGCUGUUCCUCUCACUUCUGCACCACAUGCACACUGGGCACAAAAACAGACGGAGGAUAGACGUGUUGGAGGAGGAGCCCCAGCAUUGUGUAGUGCUACUGGUUUUAGUCUUUGUGUGCUGACUUUAAAAUGUCCUGCUAAAAGUCAUUUUGCCAACACUUAUCAUUGCCUUUUUUUUAGGAUGAAAUCACUACAUGUAUAUUUAUUUGAUUGGCUCUGUCGUUGGUUUCUAUGCAUUAAAAGGAGGCUGCAUUUGCCAUUACUUUUCACAUGUUUAUCCAGCUGUCCAACAGACUUAGGAUAACAAUACUGAGAUGUCUUUUUGCGGUACUGUUGUUGCAUUUCCUGCAGGUCUUUUAACGCUUAUUUCCACUUUGAUGAAUGCCACAGGAAGUGAGCAUUGGAUUACUUAAAACCCCAGCUUCUCCGUGUGUUCAUUUAGAGAACGAGUGCUUUCAUGGUUUGCAUCCUAACCCCGAACAUCCUGUGUGCUGGGACUUUCCAGAAAUGAAGGAUUGAUUGAUUGAUGACCAUUUCCUGUUUAAUCAUAAAGGGAUUGACUCUAAUGCGCUGGAGGCGAUGAGCAGAAUAUUCUAAUGUGUGUUGUGAGAAUGUGAACCUGUGUUUGGGUAUACAUCAAAACCAACUGCAUGUGCUUUCUCAAAUCAUAUGUAAAUGUAAUUAUCAUAUAGGAAGAUGACAAUCAUUUGGUCAACCAUUUUAAAUCAUUGUAUUUGGGAUGUGUUUAAUUGGAUGUUUGUUGGAUACUUAUAUCAUUGAGAGAAGUGCAUUUUAUUGCUCAGUCAUUGGGUACAUACUAUCAAUGUGCUUUUCUAAAUAUCUCUUACUAUUCAGGUGUGAAUUUUUGUUUUUCAGUCAUGUUAUAAUUAGUGCUGAUCAUCAUUUUUGUGUGUUACAGUUUAGGACUCACUUUAUUAGUAGAUUAUAGAAUACAAUUUGCUUAGUGUUUGGGAAAAAUUCAUUUAAAAAUGAAUUAUGUUUGGAAAAUUGAGAUUCCCCAUUAGCAGAGUGUAAUAAUUUAAUAUCACAUGUUGUUAUUGUGAAGCCCAGCCAUCAUUGCCCAAUUAUUGGCUGUUUUACCACUUAAUCAUGAGCUUAUUUAUCUAUUCAUUGCCACAUCGUACAUAUUUGCCUUCAUUUGUUUUCUAAAUGUGUGUAUUCUCAACUGGUCAGGCCUCGGGACCCACUUUUUUCCUUUUUCAAUAAAUCGUGACCCGAUA